GGAGGGCCUCCAGAAAUCAAAACAUACACAUUUACUGGAAACAGUGCUAAUGACGCCAUAGUUCACCACCCACUCCUCUUAUAAACCCUCCACCUCACCUCACAAAAGAAACGUCUCUUUGGGUCUCUCUUUCUCGUUUGCACUAGAAGCUUUGAUUAUUUUUUAACACGAGGCUAAAUAAGUAGCUAUAUUCGCUUGCCAUGGAUCAACCACCACCGUACCAGCCAGAGUUUGUCCCAAUGAAAGGAAAUAAGUACAUGCGUCUUGAAGACACUCACGGAGCGCCCAAGUUCCAACAUACCGUCGUCUUGGGACAGCCACAGCACGUUGUACCUCAUCCCAGGGAUCACAUUAUCUGGUCACUUUGCAGCCUCGUGUACGGCAACCCAUUCUGUCUCGGAAUGUUAGCGGUGUAUUUCUCUAUAAAGUCCAGGGACAGGAAGAUGGUUGGAGACUUGGAGGGAGCAAGAAAACACGGGAAGACUGCAUGCUGCUUUAAUACUGUGACUCUGACUUUGGUAAUCCUCGGGCUGCUCUUCUUCUUCAUCACCUAUGGUAUCAUCAUCUACCAAGUUACACACUGAGGAGAUCCAGUCUUUGCUUUUGUAAAAACGUUUUCAUUUGAAGUCUUGUCAGGUGUUAUACACCUCUAGGAUUGUGUCCUGAUACAUUUCAGCUCAUCUCCUAAACACACACACACACACCAUAGAAGCUCCUUCAGCACUGUGUACCAGAUCUUAUUUGCUCUUCUUUAGUUUUGUGUUUUAAGGACGCAAGAUGAUUAUUUUGAAGUUCCAUUCAAAUGUAAUUUUUUAUUAAUAAAUUCAACCUUUUUGUAAAUGCA